GGCAUAAUUUCAUUGUAGUCGCUUCUCUGAACAAAAUAAAACUACAAAUAUUUUUAUUGGAGUGUUGCUUUAUUUCAUAUUUUAAGAAUUUACUUGAAAUGUCGAGUGGUGAGGAAGAUAAACGAGGGAAGAAGCGGCCAUUAGACGACGACGACGAUGACGACGAUGAAGUUAUUGGUCCAAUGCCGGUAACCGAUAGUUCGAACAACUCUGACUCUCAAGUUUCUAAAAUUCCACCUAAAAAAGUUUUACGGCACGAGGAACUUUACUUGACGAAUUUACCAGAUGCUGAGUAUUACGAAAAAAGUUAUAUGCACCGUGAUGUCGUUUCCCAUAUUGUGGUGACCAACACCGACUUUGUAGUCACAGGGAGUGUUGAUGGUCACGUCAAAUUUUGGAAGAAACAGGAUGAAGGGAUCGAAUUUGUAAAACACUUUCGCUGUCAUCUCGGAAACAUCCAAUGUCUCAGCACGAACCAUGUUGGGACGCUCUUGUGUUCCGUGUCGAACGAUAAAUCCAUCAAAGUAUUUGAUGUUGUUAAUUUUGAUAUGAUUAAUAUGAUGAAGUCUGACUAUACUCCUUUGACUUGCGAAUGGAUUCAUCAUUCUGGAGAUGCUCUCCCGGCUCUUGCGGUAUCUGACGAAGACUCUGGAAAAGUUUACAUCUACGAUGGACGACAAGACGGCAAUGAACCACUAAAAGUUUUGGACACAAUUCAUCGAAGUCCAGUGUCGGUCAUUAGAUAUAAUCCUAUAUUUGAUUGUGUGAUUUCGUUUGAUACCUCCGGAAUGGUAGAAUAUUGGACUGGUUACAAAUCGGAUUUUCAGUUCCCAAAAAACCUUAAAUUUGAGUCCAAACUUGACACCAACUUAUUCGACUUUGUCAAAGAUAAAGUAAAAUUUCACACGGCCUGUUUGAGCCCCAGUGGAAAACUCUUUGCAACACUAACAAGCAAUCGAAAGAUUUACUUAUUUGAUUUUCUUCGUGCACGAAGGAAGCUAGUAAUUGACGAGAGCAUGCACAGCAUCCAAAUGAUGCAACAGAGUGAUCAGCUUUUACCCACUAUGGAUUUUGGCAGGCGAAUGGCCAUGGAAAAGGAAUUAGAAAAGUCAGACUUUCUAAAGUUUUCUACGAUGGCGUUUGACGAAACUAGCAAUUUUUUACUUUACCCAACAAUAUUUGGGGUUAAAAUUGUAAACAUAUUCACAAAUACGUUUACAAGAUAUUUGGGAAAGCCAGAAAAUUUGAGGAUCCUAGGCAUAAGCUUAUUUCAAGGAAAGGUGAAAAAACCCAUUAGUACCACAAGUGUUGAAUUAGAAGCUGCAGAUAAUCCAACUCUGGAUAAUGUGAGUUCCGACCCGACGCUGUUCUGCACAAGUUACAAAAAGAAUCGGUUUUACAUGUUUACGACGCGCGACUUUGGGAAAAUGAACGAAAGCUCUGAUAGGGACGUAUUCAACGAGAAGCCAAGCAAAGAAGAAAUUAUUUCGGCUACGGAUGAUUCAUUUGGACAGAAAAUUUACGAGUCUGCUGUUAUGCAUACCACCAAAGGUGACAUUACGAUACGAUUGUUUGGGAAAGAAGCUCCUAAAUCUGUGGAGAACUUUUGCAUGCACGCUAAGAAUGGUUACUUCAACGGUCACAUUUUUCACCGAGUGAUCAAAGGAUUUAUGGUACAAACAGGAGAUCCCACAGGAGUCGGAACUGGUGGAGAAUCCAUUUGGGGUGGUGAAUUCGAGGACGAAUUCCAUUCUUCGUUGAAGCAUGAUCGACCGUACACUCUUAGCAUGGCCAAUGCUGGCCCAAACACGAAUGGGAGUCAGUUCUUUAUAACUGUAAUACCCACGCCUUGGCUGGAUGGGAAACAUACCGUAUUUGGAAGAGUAGUGCGAGGAAUGGAAACCGUUCAAAAUAUAUCUUUAGUUAAGACGAACCCUAAAACUGACAAGCCGUAUGAUGAUGUCUCCAUAUUAAAUAUUUCUCUAAAGUGAUCAACAGAAUUUUGACAAUUUUUUAUGCAUACUUGUUACUACGUCCUUCUCGCUCCAUUUGUUGUUGUUUGUUAAAAUGUUGUGGAUAAAAAUACAGAGAAAUAUUUACUUGUAAAA